CCUGGUCAGGUGACCGCGUGUCACAUGACCGUGCUUGAGACAAGGAGCGAGGCUGCAGCCGCCUCCCGCGGAUUUCCUCCGAGAGCGGGGAUGCUGUUGGUUUGCCGUCCCUGGUCUUCCUGAGCGCGGCGGUUCCUUCGACCUGCCAAGGAUGAGGAUUUGGUGUUUGCUGUGGCUGCUGGGCUGCAGAGCGGCUGCUUGGUGGAGCGACGAUUACUGGCUGGAUGAUGCCGUCGGUCUGGGGCGGCAAUUCGACGGCAUCGGAGCCGUUAGCGGCGGCGGGGCUACCUCGCGCCUUUUAGUGAAUUACCCAGAGCCUUAUCGAUCUCAGAUUUUAGAUUAUCUUUUUAAGCCAAAUUUUGGUGCCUCCUUACAGCUCCUCAAAGUAGAGAUUGGUGGUGAUGCACAGACUACAGAUGGCACUGAACCCUCCCACAUGCAUUAUGAAAAUGAUGAAAAUUAUUUCCGAGGCUAUGAAUGGUGGCUGAUGAAAGAAGCUAAAAAGAGAAAUCCUUUCAUUAAAUUGAUUGGCUUGCCCUGGUCUUUUCCAGGAUGGAUUGGGAGGGGUAUGAAUUGGCCUUAUAAGUACCCGGAUGUCACCGCAUAUUAUAUUAUCUCCUGGAUUAUAGGUGCUAAAAAAUAUCAUGAUUUGGACAUUGACUACAUUGGGAUUUGGAAUGAACGACCUUUUAACAGCAACUAUAUCAAGAUUUUAAGGUACGCUUUGGAUAAGCAAGACCUUCAGCGAGUGCAGAUCAUAGCCAGCGAUGACCUCUGGGAACCAAUAUCCUUUUUCAUGCUCACUGACUCUGAGCUCCAUGAAGCAGUCAGUAUUAUUGGGGCUCACUACCCAGGGACAGAAACAGUGAAAGCUGCUCAAUUAACUCUAAAGAAACUCUGGUCUUCUGAAGACUACAGUACUUUCAACAAUGAAGUGGGUGCUGGUUGCUGGGCUCGAAUCCUGAAUCAAAAUUAUGUAAAUGGCAACAUAACUGCCACUCUUGCUUGGAAUUUGGUGGCUAGUUACUAUGAAGAAUUACCCUUUGGAAGGUGUGGUUUAAUGACAGCACAAGAACCAUGGAGUGGACAUUACUCUGUGAAUUCUCCUAUUUGGGUCACAGCACAUUCAACACAGUUCACCCAGCCAGGGUGGUAUUACCUGAAAGUAGAUGGGCAUCUGAAAAAAGGUGGAAGCUUUGUGGCUCUGACUGAUGGGCUAGGCAACCUGACCAUCAUCAUUGAAACAAUGACUCGUAACCACUCAAGGUGCAUCAGGCCACCACUUCCUCCCUAUGUUGUGUCACCCCAAGAGGCAGUUUUUCACUUGAAAGGAUCCUUUAACAAGUUGAAAUCUCUUCAGAUGUGGUAUUCCAAGCUUGAUUUUUCUACUGCCAACUCUACAUUAUUUCAGUCACUUGAGCCUAAAAGUAUCUCUGAAGGAAUAUUGACGCUAAACUUGGGCUUGGAUGAAAUCUAUACUUUGACAACUCUAACAACUGGCCAUAAAGGUUCUUCCUCAGAACCUCCUCCUUCUCAACCUUUUCCGUCCACUUACAAAGAUGAUUUCAAUAUCCGCAACCCACCUUUCAGUGAAGCACCAUACUUUGCUGAUCAAACAGGAGUGUUUGAAUAUUUUAUUAAUGCUUCUGAUCCAGGGGACCAUGUCUUUACACUCCGACAAGUGGUGACUCAGAGACCUGUAACCUGGGUUAUUGAUUCAAUGAACACAAUCAGCAUUAUAGGCAACUAUAAGUGGGUAAAUUUCAUAAUAACCUGUGAUAUUUAUAUAGAAUCAAGUAGAGGAGGAGCAUUCAUUGCAGGAAGAAUUAACAAAGGUGGCAUAUAUGUUCCAUCUGCCAAAGGAAUUUUCUUCUGGGUUUUUCCUGAUGGCACGUAUCGAGUCACAAGAGAUCUCGGUGGCGUUGAUAUCUUGAUGAAAGGGUUAUCUGGUGUGCGAGCAAACAGAUGGCAUACACUCACUCUGAUUCUCAAGGGAUCCAAUAUCUCUGGCAUGUUGAAUGGCUAUCCUCUGUGGGAAAACAUCACUACACACAGUCCAGAGAAUGGCUGGGCAGCUAUUGGGACUCAUUCUUUUGAACUGACACAAUUUGAUAAUUUUCAUGUUGAGGCCAGCUGAGGUUUCCAUUCAUACAUUAUCAAUUCUGAGUGUGUCCAGUCAAACCUUAAUUUAAUAGUUAAUUAUGCUAUUGGAGAUUUUUGAUUGUUUCCUGUUAAUAUUAAUAUACAUUCAAUGUUCUUCUUUUGCUUCUUAAAAUCAGAUCUUUCUUAAAACAUUUUUGUGCAAGCUAUAAAUGGAAAUGUGACACAGGCAUAUCUCUUUAACUGAUAGAAAUUAAGCUGUUACAAUUAGAAUUUCUGCUUUCAGUGUUUCUGGGUGGCGUGAAGUCCAUUUUGUGUGUGUGUAAAAUUCACCUUGCAAUCAGAUGGAAUGCCUUAUAUUUGUUAUGAAGCAUGGAAUGAUGGAAUAAGCAUUUCAGUGGAUUUAUGUGUCUUCUUCUAGGACAUGAGAUUUUACUCCUAGUUUUCUAAUGUCUUAAUACACUUAUCUAAUUAUAAUGGAGAAAAAAAUAGCCAGUUUAUGACUGGCUGGCUUAUUUGUGAAAUGCCUUCUUUUAAACUACCUCUCAUUGAUAACAGUAUAGCAAAUGUAUUGAAAAUGCCUAUUAUUAAUCUUAGGUUGGUAACCCAAUAACCCAGAUAGCAUUAUAGUUUUCUCCUUUGUGUUUGACUAGAUACAUUGAAGGAGAAAAAAGUGUAGAGAUGGUCCUUAGUGAAGUUCAAAAUUAUGAUGGACCUCCCCAGAGCUACUUAUGACUUCUUCUUGCAGUUCUGAUGGCUCCACCACUUCCAAAAUGUGUCACAUAAUCACAUUUUGGGAUCUUAACAACUGGCUUGGAUUUAUGGCUGUUUUCAGCAUUUGGUGGUCACAUGACCAUGAUUUUUGGUAUCUUUUGCUGGUUUCUGGCUUUUACUUAUGGUUUCUGGCAAAAAAACAUCCAUUGGUGAAAGCAGAUUUGCUUAAUAACUGUGACAUUUAUUUAAUAACUGACACAAAGAAGAAUGUAAAAUUGGGCACUGUCACAUGGUCAUCUGAAUAACAACUGCUACAACUUAUCACCAUAAUUCCAGGCUCAUUUAUGUUGUAAAUCAAGGACUAUCUGUAGGUGAUGGAAAUUCACGAGACUUGUUUUACCUCAUGUCUGCAGGCCAGUAUACAUAUGAAGGUGCUAUUGCACGAGGACGUUACGAGCAGUAAAAUUGUGAAAGUUAUAACCCAAACAGUUGCAAAAACAUCAGUAUCUGUGGGUGAUGUACAUAUCAAGGCCCUAGCUUUCAUUAAUAAGAAGGCAUGCAUAAAAACAAUAUUUCACAUAUGUUAGCUUGCAAAUGCCAAUGUUCCUUUAUGCUUUUUGGUAAAAUUUAAUAUUGAAGGGUAAAAUAAUUUGCUUAUUUAUUGAUCUUUUAUUAGUUAACUAGUUUCAGUUUAUUUUAUUACUUAGUAUUUUGAAAUAUACAGGAUAGGUGCCAAAUACAAAAUAGUGGAGAAUAAAACUAAUACAAACUGGAAAUUUAUAGGGCAGAGCAAAUAGCUCUCUAUGAGAAUGUACUACGUUAUCCUGAAUAUAUAAUUGCAAAGGCAUACUGAAUAAUUAUAGUUGAAAAAAAUAUGAACCCAGAAUUCUAAAACUGUUCAACAGAAGUCUAUAAGGUUCUGAUCAGCAUCGAUCAGUUGAUGUUCAUAUGUUGACAAAUGAAACAAGAGAUGAAUAGUCUAUACAAGACAAAUUAUGCCGGAAAGGGUUGUGGUUGUACAUUUGUUUUCUUUGUUACUAUUGAUAAUCAGAAAUAUUUGCAGUGCUGUAGCAAAUUAUACAGAUUAUACACCUGAAUCUUGUUUUACAUUUUCUCACCUUUUAUCUACCAUUGAAGAAACCCUAAUAUGUUCCUGUUUCUGCUAGUGUUAUGGAUUGUUGGCUUUAUAGAAAGAAUAGGUAACUGUCUCCCUUUAUAAAAAAAAAUAGUUCAAUUUUGUGUCUCUUUUCAUUUUAUUCUAGGCAAUGUCAUGACAUUCAGUACAAACUAACUGGAUAUGCUACUUUGAAAGUUGAUUCUGAUAAAAUUGUGUUUAUACUCUAGAUAGCACUACAAAAUAUCUUUAUUAAGUGACACACAGAUAUCUGUCUCUUCUAGUUCAAAGAGACUUCUGAGACAAGAUAUUACAGUUGAUAAUGUAUUGAUUUACAGAACAGAAUUAUGACUGUUUGUCUGUUCCAGACAUGAUUAAACCACAAGCCCCCAAUUAAACAUAUUUCUUUCUAUCUAGACCAAAACAAUUGUUUCCUAGCCAGGAUAUUGAAUUAAAUUUCCAACUUCAACAGCUUAGCUUGUUUGUAAGUUUUUGAUUACCUGUUAGGCAAAGAUAAAAGUAGUUCCUGGUAUGAGUGAAAUACUUGUAUAUGGCUUAGCUUAACACAAAAGAUGAUCAGAUUGGCCAAUGGUAAAUAUACUUACAUGCAGUUAAUAAAGUAAUAAUAGUAUAUAUGCUUUUGGAUAUUGUUUUAUUAGUUGGGUAUUGUUUGGUAUCAAAAGUAAACACAUAUAUAAAAGGAAAAAUUUCUUGGAGUUAAAGAUUAAAAAAAAGUAACUUUCCUCAUUAAAGACUAUUGGCUUAGCAACUAAAUAAAUUUGGCCAGGUGUUCAAAACUGGAGGUUGAAAUGAUGUCUAUUUUCUUUUCCUUUGUAGUGUGGGAAUAUAAAGGAUGGACCACACAAGAUUUGUUUUUGUUUGUUGCCAUUCCCGCCCCCCCCCCCAAAUAGACUUGAAAGUUGCAGAUGAAGUAACUCAUACCAUCAGAGCAGACAGGGUCAACAUGUUUGGCUUUUUUGUUUCGUUCUGCAUGAUAAAACAAAGAGCAAAAUGGGUUUCUUAAAUUUUUUUCCUUUAGUACACCCCCCCUCGACAAAUACUGAGGAUGGAUUUAAGAUUGAAAUGUUUGCCUUAAAGUUAAUGAAUACUAUGAGACUGCAAAUUUAAGGUUUCCAUUUUGCUUUCUGAGGAUUGCAGAUAAAUGACUAUAAGGACACAUGAUAUCCUUUGCAUAUAAUUAUCUCCCCCCAACCACUUCAUUCUGGGAACUUAUGCAUUCCAACCAGUCUGAACACUAGUUGGAAAAGACUAAUUCAGGGAUAAGCAUGCCUACCUGCCUUUAUUAGAAAAGCUUUAAUAUUUUUAUGUACUACGUUAAUGGUUCUGGUUUUGCAUCGUGCACUAAAAUUGUGUAAAAUCAAUUCUUGUUAAUUUAUGGAAUUACAGAUGUUUGUCAUAAAAUUGGCUUGUUUAAUUAAGAAACUGCUUUGAUGUUUCAACAAUAGUCUGAUGUAUGUGGUUGAUUAUUGUAAUUCCUAAUAUUUCAAACGAAGAAUAAAUGUCAUUUAA